CUCUCGGCGCUUCGCCGCUCUGCUCGUCUAGAAAUCUCACCCCGCCCUCCCCUCCCUCCAUCUCCAUCUCAAUCAGUGCCCAAACCGCACAACAAGAGCAGAGGACGUUCAUUCGCGUCUGCGGUAGUGACCGAGGCCGUUCCUUUGCCGCUCUCCCCGGCCGGUACACCGACCUCCCAGACGGAUCAGCGGCGGAGUUGCGCGCCGCUCCUCCCGCUCUGCCCGCCAGCCAGCAGCCCCGCGUCGUGCCGCUCCGCGCCGGGUCGGUCCGGUCGCUGCUUCCUCCUCCUCCCCCUCUUUGGAGAGCAGGUUAUUCCCUGGAAGCUGGAUGAAUUAUUGGAGAGUUGUGAACAAGUGCGAGAAGAACGCUGAGGCUCCGGGAUCUGCCUCCUCGCUCCGUCCAGGGAAGACAAGACUCCGCCAGAGUUGUGGACGAUAAUGGAGGGGACGUCCCUGUAUCUUCCUAUUGUUAUUUUACUGAUGCAAUGUUCUCCCUCCGUUGCCGUCACCGUGACGACCAACAGUUAUAAGGUGGAGGUGAACGAGUUCUCAGAUGCCGUGCUGUCCUGCAUAUUCCGCACCGAGAAAGACCAGAACCCACGCAUCGAGUGGAAGAAGAAGGGGAAAGAUGUCUCCUUUGUGUACUAUAACGAACGCUUCAGAGGUCCCUUCGAGGGCCGAGCGACCAUCGACGGGGCGACGGUGACGCUGCGCAGGGUGACCCAGGAAGACGCUGGAGACUACCGAUGUGAGAUUAGCGCUCCUCUGGACUCGGUCAGCCUGGGCGAGGCCAACGUCACGCUCAAAGUGUUCGUGCCGCCAAACACUCCGUCCUGUGACAUCCCCAGCUCAGCGGUGACGGGCUCAACGGUGAAGCUGCGUUGUCGGGACCAGCAGAGCAUCCCGCCUGCAACGUACUCCUGGUUCAAGGACAACCAGCCAAUCAGCCAGCCCCGCCACGCCAACGCCACCUAUCUAAUCGACUCAUACACUGGAGUGCUGGAGUUUAAAGCCGUCGCCAAAGAGGACACCGGCCGGUACAGCUGCCUGGCGUCGAACGGAGUGGGAUCGCCCAAGAUGUGCGAGGGCAAACGCAUGACGAUAGAGGAUGUAAACGUCACGGCGGUGGUAGCAGCGGUGGUGGUGGUCUGCCUGGUGGUGGUCGUCUGCGGAUGCGGGGGUUACCUCCUCCACCGUAACGGCUUCUUCACCCCAGGACACAGAGGAAGGUCAUUUUGGAUCUCCCAGUGUCACGGUGCAGCCCACAUCAGCAGCCAAACCCUGCACAGAACCGAAGACACGUCCAAUGUCAACUACAUUCCUCCACCCCAAGAGCCGCAGGACUUCAAACACACGCAGUCAUUCAUGCUCUGAGAAGCUGGCCUUCCUCUGAGGAUAAAUCACCCUUUGUGAUAAGGUGCCAACACUGGACUGAUUUAUUUUUCUCUUGAUCUUCCAAUAAAUUUCAAUCCUCCUCCUGACACUUCUUAAAGCAAUUUUUUUUUUUUUUUCUCACAAGGCCUCAUGCUUUUGCUGUGUAGUUUUGCCUCUUUUCACUCAUGGGAUUAAGUACAAUUUCAUGGUACUCUGCUCCCCCCUGGUGGUCAGACAUAGAACUUCAUCUUCUCUGACCGAUCCAGGCACCAGUAUAUGUUUCGCCAACUUUUGCUUUUUUUUUCUUUUACUUAAAAAUUUGAAUCAUGACAGGGGGAAAUCUUAAAGCCAUAGGGAAAGAAUCUCAGUUCAAUCUACUAAAUGCAGUUUACCUCAGUCAGUAUUUUGUCUUCUCCAACACUGAGGCCACUGAAGAUCCUCACGAUCUUAGUAACAACAGGAAGCCAAUCAUACCAAGAGACCGAACCCCAUUCCAUCCUAAUGUGCCUGCAUGGUCUUUUUGAUAAAUAUAUAUAUACUGUAUACCUUGUGCCUUUUUAAUUUGUCUGUCAUAUUUAUCUAUGGAUCACAGUUUUUUGUAAAGAACUUGCCUUACUUUUUUCUGUCUUUAUAUUUUUGUGCCACUCUUUAUCAAUGUUUAUCAAAUGGAGUGUCUGUUUUUAAACUGUGUGAAUGAAUUGUUCAGAGUUUUAUUUGAAUGGUGUAUCAGUAAUAAAAGUUUUUUCUACUCAAAGCCAAA